AUAUAGUGUCCCAUGCCUCACACUUUCAUGCACCAAUAAGUUCUUGCUUCAUGCCUCAAGCGGUGAAAUAAUAACAACAAUAAUACAUUAUAUUGUAUAGUCUUUUAUCAAGCUUAAUUGAUAGACAUACUCAUAUCGUAAAUUCUCCUAUAUACUGUCACAUUCUCUUUGUUGAAGUGUAGAGAGACAUAUAUAGUGUUAGAGAUCAUGGCAAGCUCCAAGGUUAUUGGAGCUGUUUUCAUUGCUUUGUUCAUUGUGGACAUAGCAUUUGCUGCUAGGGUGAAAGACAGCUUCUUAGGUGGUGGAAAAGGUGGUGGUGGAGGAGGAGGAGGUGGUGGUGGCGGAGGAGGCGGCGGUGGUGGCAAUCUUGGAAGGGGUUCUGGAUAUGGAUCAGGUUAUGGGUCUGGUGGAGGAGAAGGAUAUGGUGGUGGAGCAAUAGGAGGAGGUGGUGGCGGCGGCAGAGGAGGUGGUGGAGGUGGUGGUGGUGGUUCAGGAGGAUAUGGAUCAGGUUAUGGAUCUGGGUCUGGGUAUGGAUCAGGAUAUGGCUCUGGUGGUGGAAAAGGUGAAGGUGGUGGCGGCGGUGGAGGAGGUGGGAGAGGUGGAGGUGGAGGAGGUGGUGGAGGCCUAGGUGGCUCCGGCUAUGGCUCUGGUUAUGGUGAAGGAAGUGGUUAUGGCCAAGGAGGUGGCAUUGGAGGAAACGGUGGUGGCGGUGGCGGUGGAAAAGGAGGAGGAGGUGGUGGCGGCGGUGGCAAUAAUGGAGGUUCCGGCUACGGAAGUGGGUCCGGCUAUGGAUCCGGUAGUGGAGGUGGUGAUGAGGGUGAGUCUCCUUAAACAAAUUAAAUGAAGGGUUAAAAAUAUAAAUCAGUUUUUAAAAUGUAUUUAAACGAAAUAGGUUUUGUUUCGAUUAGGUUUAAUUUGCAUUCAAACUAUGUUGGUUUUCAUACAUGUGAUCUCCAAAAAUAAACUAUAGGGUGGUUUCAUGGCCAUCCUUCUUCAUGCAUGCAUGGUAGUGUUAAUAUUUAGUUACCCUUCGUUGUUAGUGAUGUUAUCAAGCAUGGCAUUAACAAUAAUAUUUCUGUACUUGUGUCUUC